AUGGCGACGGUGAGAGGACAUGGCAACGAUGUGACCUUCCUCACGUUCUUCUUCACGCGGCUGGAGCCGAACCGCAGCGGCCGCUACGAGCGCGAAUUCCCGUUCGUGUCCCGCUGCGGCGCGGAGCGCAACCUCCUGCGCUGCGAGCACAGACCCAUCGUCUUCACCCCCCUCCUGCCCCCGGACGCCUCCUCCUCAGCCUCCUCCUCCUCCCGCCGCGCCGUGCUGUCGUUCUGCGGCGGCGGGGAGCGGCUGGCCGUGCCGCUCCGGCCCGAGGCGCUGGUGAUGCUGCCGGAGAACGGGCGCUUGUACCACCCGGCGCCGGGCCGGGCGGGGGGCGCGGGGCCGGUGCGCUCGGCGCUGGCUCUGGAGUGGGGGUCCCGCUUGGAGUACGAGCAGGGGCCGGAGCAGCCCCCGACUCACUUUUGGUGGGAGGGGAAGAGGUAUCGGCUCACGGGGGAGCUGGUCUCUGGCAAUUGA